GGCCGGCCCCAGAGCAAUCUCGGCGGAGGGCACCGAGCGCCGGGAGAUUGCUGGGCGGGGAGGCUGUGGUGCCAGCCGCUAGCUGAGGAGCUACACCCGGAGCAGCCUGACGGAGACGAGUGAGCGGGCCCGGAGCCCGGCGCGGGUCCGGCCCAGACUUCAGUCUCUGCUAGUCCUCAGAUCCAGAAGUGAGUGGAACCCGAAUGACGUUCUUCCGUUCUUCCUGGUGGCCUGGGGCCCUUGCAUGACCAAAGGCAGGUCUGAUCUCUGAGGAAGAAAAACCCUGCCAGGGAACAGAGACCCCCAAGCUAAGGGUGCAAUGGCAGCAUCAGCCCCCUUGAGGAGCCUGGAGGAGGAGGUGACCUGCUCCAUCUGCCUGGAUUAUCUGCGGGACCCAGUGACCAUCGAUUGUGGCCACGUCUUCUGCCGCAGCUGCACAGGUGAUAUCCGCCCCAUAUCUGGGAACCGACCAGUUUGUCCGCUCUGCAAGAAGCCCUUUAAGAAGGAGAACAUCCGGCCCGUGUGGCAGCUAGCCAGUCUGGUAGAGAACAUUGAGCGGAUGAAGGUGGACAAUGGCAGGCAGCCGGGAGAGCUGGCCCGAGAGCCACAGGACAUGAAGUUGUGUGAGCGGCACCAGGAGAAGCUGCACUACUACUGUGAAGAUGACGGCAAGCUGCUGUGCGUGAUGUGCCGAGAGUCCCGGGAGCACAGGCCCCACACUGCAGUCCUGGUGGAGAAGGCCGCCCUGCCUCACAGAGAAAAAAUCCUGAACCACCUGAACACCCUAAGGAGGGACAAAGAAAAAAUUCAGGGCUUUCAGGCCAAGGGAGAGGCUGAUAUUCUGGCUGCGCUGACGAAGCUGCAGGAGCAGAGACAGUACAUUGUGGCGGAAUUUAAGCAGGGCCACCAGUUUCUGAAGAAGCGGGAACAGCACCUGCUAGACCAGCUGUCCACCCUGGAGCAGCUCCUCACUGAGGGCAGGGAGAAGUUCAAGACCCGGGGCGUCAGUGAGCUUGGCCGGUUGACUCUGGUCAUCUCCGAGCUGGAAGGCAAGGCACGGCAGCCCGCCGCAGAGCUGAUGCAGGAUGCCUGCUCUACACAGGACACCAAGGACUUUGCCAACAGGUACCCACGGAAGAAGUUCUGGAUUGGGAAAGCCAUCCCUCACAUGGUUAAAAGAAAGGCAGGAGAAUUCUCAGAUAAACUUCUCUCUCUGCAGCGAGGCCUGAGGCAGUUCCAGGGCAAGCUGCUUAGAGACUUGGAGUAUAAGACAGUCAGUGUCACCCUGGACCCACAGUCGGCCAGCGGGUACCUGCAGCUUUCAGAGGACUGGAAGUGUGUGACCUAUACCAGCCAGUACCAAAGUGACUGCCUGCACCCCCAGCAGUUUGACUGUGAGCCGGGGGUGUUGGGCAGCAAGGGCUUCACCUGGGGCAAGGUAUACUGGGAAGUGGAGUUGGAGCGAGAAGGCUGGUCAGAGGAUGAGGAAGAGGGGGAGGAGGAAGAAGAAGGGGAAGAGGAGGAAGAAGAGGAGGAGGCUGGCUAUGAGGAUGGAUAUGAAGACUGGGAAACGGAUGAGGAUGAGGAAUCACUAGGGGAGGAAGAGGAGGAAGAAGAGGAAGAGGAGGAGGAAGUUCUGGAAAGCUGCAUGGUGGGAGUGGCCAAAGACUCUGUGAAGAGGAAAGGGGACCUCUCCCUGCGACCAGAGGAUGGUGUGUGGGCCCUUCGGCUCUCCUCCUCAGGUAUCUGGGCCAACACGAGCCCCGAGGCCCAGCUCUUCCCAGUGCUGCGGCCCCGGAGAGUGGGCAUUGCCCUGGAUUAUGAAGGGGGUACUGUGACAUUCACCAAUGCAGAGUCACAGGAACUCAUCUAUACCUUCACGACCACCUUCAGCCGGCGCCUGGUUCCCUUCCUGUGGCUCAAGUGGCCAGGAACACGCCUCCUGCUGAGACCCUGAAUUCCAGAACCUGCCUGGGCCACACUACAGAAUCUUCAGUUCUCUGAGAUUCGAGGACUCUGAGAUGAAGAAGGGUUGCCUGGACUGUACCCAUGGAAACUUCCUUUCUCUGGGAUCCCAAGACUGUGUGAUGGAUGAACAUUCUUGGUCAGAGAACCAGGAGGAGGAGAGAGGAGGGACAUUCACAUCCAAAUGGCACCCAUCUCCUCACAGUCAUGGCCAGGAUCUCUCUCAGUGUGUCACUUCAUCUGUAGUUCUUGUUUGAACUUCUCACUCUCCUGCCCAUUUCCUCUGGGAUGACUCCCUCCUUCCUGAGAACCCGUUUGUCUUGGCUCUGUGUUCUCUGUUGAGUAGGGGCAGCAGCAGCAGCAGCAUUUUCUCAUUCAGUUGUUGUCCAGUGCUCACAGGUAUUGAAAGAGACCAUCAGUGACAUCUGAAGCCAUUUGGCUGUCCUCAAAUUUGAGGUUUCUCUUGCCCAAAAACCACUCUGUUGCCUACCUUCCCUGGCUUCUUAAACUCACUUUUCCUACCCCACCAGAGUUAAAUAUCUGAAGAAGCAGGAUUGAACAUAGUCAAGAUCCAAGGCUGUGUAAGUUUGUGUCCUGAAGUGCUGGUGAAAUCAUCUCCUGGUGUCAUUAGCAAAGCUCAUGGCCUCCAAAUCCAGAGCUGAAGAAGGGGUGGGACUCCCCAGGGCCAUCUGUAUCUCCAAAAGCAUCCAGGUACUGUGACUCAGGCAGGAGCUGUGGUCAAUAGAUUACCUCUGCAGAGUAGACCUUGUGAAGAGAGUUUUUAAAACAAUCUGAACAUCUUGCUCUUGAUUAGUGGGUCUAAAAACACUGAGGCCCAGGAGAUCAGAACUACCCCUGCUUCAGAGUCUCCAGCAAGUAUCUCCAGAACAGCUUUAGGCCUCUGCUGUUGGCACCAUGGAGUGUCCAAAAUCACUUUCUUAGGAUAUGGAUUGGAGAAGGGAAGACAGUCCUGAGGAAUCUGGAGAACUCCCACUCCAGGUCUUACUGUGAGGAGAGGCCCUGUAGUGUCUCUCUGUUGACCCAGCACCAGCCCCUCUGUCCAGUCACCCAGUGCCCACAGUUGAACACCAGCUCCUGCUUAGCCAAAAUGAUGCCCCUCUUCUUAUCCUUAAACAUUCCACAUUUCCUCUGCCUGUCCAGGUGUCAAGCUCUUCUUUACUCUUGAGAGGCUGCUCCCAGACUCUGGAUCUUGGUGGCCUUAGAGUCACCACACUGUCUCAAGACUGAACACUUUGUAUAUAUCACACGAUGCCUGAGUCACUAGUACAUACACAGUGGCUCCCUCACCACCCUUUGUUUUUCCUGGAAUUAAUCAUCACUCUUCUCUUCCUUCUCCUUUAAUUCAUUUCCUGUGUCUUUAUUACUAAUAAACUACAAGUUCUUUUUAGUGAUCAGCAAUCUCAAGACAGUCAUCGGUGCUGUCUCCUUUUAUCUUGAUGCCUCUGAAGUGACCUUGAACCCGAGUCGUCGAUUGAUCCCUUGUGAUCCUUGUUAGACCCCCUUUUGUCAUCAGACUUGGGGUUCUGGAUUUGCUCCCUGAGGCCUGUAGCCGGGGCUAGCCUCAGUCUCAUUAUAUGGCUGGCCUUAAACUUCCGGCCUCUACCUUCCAAAUUCUGAGAUUUCAGGUCAGUGCCACUAUGCCUAGUUUAUGCUGGUGACUUGCACCCAGGUCUCAUGCAUCCUAGGCAAACAUGCCCCUCAGCUACAUCCCCAACCCAUGACCCUGUUUCUGGACCCUGUGUUUCCUCUCCCAAUUGGUCACACAUUAUCUGAUAACUUCCUGAGGUGAGUGUGGAAGUCAAUUUUUUUUUUUAAAUCUUCAGUAUCUAGAAGUGUUUAUCUCAAUUGUAUACUUAAGGGAUUGGCUAUAAGAGUCUUCAAAAUAGUUUUCCUUCAAAAUGUCAGAAGAUUGCUUUACUGCCUUUAACUCCGGUUUAGAAUUCCCAUGGGGCACUCUGCCUCAUGAUCUUUCCCAGUGGCCUGUUUCUGUUUUACAGGGGGUUGGGAGGGUUGGAAAUCUUAUCUAUAUCCUUACUCCACAUACUAGCACAUUCCACAAUGAGUGGCAUGUUUGAACACCCCACACACACACACACACACAAAACAUACAUUCGUACAUAAAAUUAAGGGACUGGACAGGAUCUCAACAUGUAGCCCUCGAUAGCCUGGAACUCACUGUGUAGUCAGGGCUGGCCUCAGACUCACAGAUUUAAAGGCUUAUGCUGCCACACCUAGGGGAAGGAAAAAUUAUAAAAAACAAAACAAAAUAACAAAAAAAAAAACACCUGAGGCAACCUAGAAAAGUUUAUUUUGGCUCACACAGUUCUGAAGGUGCAGUCCAUGAUCAGUGAGUAGUCUCAGUGCUUUUGGCUUCUGUCAUGGCAACAUAUCCUGGUAGGUGUGCUUGACAGAGCAAGUCACACAUCUCAUCAGUUGGGAAACAAUGAACCAGGCUCCCAUAGUCCUCUUCCAGAGCACACCCCAGUGACCUCAAGACAUCCCACCCUGCGGACCAGUCAUUUAACACGGAUCGUUCAGAGGCCUUGAACAUCAGAACUGUCACAAUAGACACAAAACACAAAGGCCAGUGGGUUACCUACUUUAUUAGGACAUUGAAAACCUAGAUAAAUGACCUGAGGGGUCUUUGGGGCCCACCCACAGUUGAUGAGCUCCCAAAGCAUAUCCAGCUUUGUGUCCAAAAGUCCCUAUAAAUUAAUGCAAGCUGAACAGUCCUGGUUUCCCUAUAGUGAUCAUUUUGAAGCUUUUAUGGGGUUUUGUUUUUUGUUUGUUUUUCCCUUCUAAACCCCAUUGGCUCAUAGCUUACUGAUGUCUAGGGUGUAGCCUACCUUGCCUGCCUCUGGCUCUCCGCUCAGAGGGAACACCAUGUCCACGAACAGGACUACAAGGAGCUUAGUUUACUCAACACAUCAAUUAAGAAACACUCUACAAGAUCCCAAGACACUAAACUCCAGUCUCACUUUUGUAUGCUAGGGACAGGGCUGGGUUCCAGGGUGCUGGGUGUCUCUGCCACACUUCCUGGUUCCACCACAGUCAUUCAAAGUCAGGCAGGAACUUGCUUUCCAGGUGAGGUAGAGUGGAGAGAAAGCUGGCAAUUGGUGCCCGGGUAUGGAAUGUUUGCAGGGUCUCUCACCCAGCCUGGUAGUCCAGGCCACAUCUACACUGUGAAGGACAGCUAUGUCCCCUGGUUCAGUACAUGUAGGUGCUAGCCAGCUAGAGCAAGAGUGUCAUGGCCCAGUCGCUGCCCUUGGUGCCCAGGGCCUGCUCUCCCCUUAGCCUGGCCACCUCAGGGGCCACUCCCACGGUGCAGCUGACACUCCGGUGGACAUUAUGUCUUCGUAAUCUGAGGGUCCAGAGUGACCUCACACACUUCCAGGAUGGAGCAUCGUCCAUGCUGCCUGCUUCUUAGGCCUCUAUUUCUGGAAGACAGAUGUGACAACUCAGCCUGAGAAUUUGCUUCUUAAAGUGUGGUGGCCAGACCACAGCACAGUGCCUAGAAGCCUGUUAGAAGACAGAAUCUUGGGCCCCACCCUAGACCAACCAAACAAAAGCCUGCAUUUUAACCAGGUGUCUGGAUGAUGUUUCUACAGCAAGUUGAAGUAGGGAUCAAUAAAAGAACAGGCAAGUGCUUGUGGGAGCAGUUAGGCUUCGAUUUGAAAUCAAAUGUUAUUUUUGCUCUUCCCUUUCCUCUCCCAGUCCCUUUUUUGUGGUACUGGGGCUUUAUGCAUUCUAGGCAAGCAAGCUCUAGCAGAAAGCUAUUAAUACAGCCCUAGAACCCAUCCCCUCCCAUCCCCCCUCCAGAAAAGGUCUCAGUAGCUGAGGCUGGCCUGGCACUCACUCCAAAGCUCAGGCUGACUUCGAACUUGUGGCGGUCAAUCUGACUGCCUCUAGUUCUGGGAUUGUAACUGUGCCACCACACACAGCAAAAUGCUAGUUUUUAAUAAUAUACAAUAUUUGUUCAAAUCUACAGAUAUUCUAGCAUAAUUCUAGGCAAAGCUCAGGGGCUUAAUAUUUUGAAUGAAUAUCUGUACAGGUAGCUGACAACAUGCAUCAAUCACUGUGUCCAGUACUGUGCUGAGCUCUUAGUGUAAAUUAAUUUAUUUAAUCCUCACAUGGAUUUAUAGUGUAGGUUCUGUUAUUGUUUACAUUCUAUGGUGGGGAGAAAAGGCUUAAUAGACCCAAGAUCCCAAGCAAUCAGGGUCCAGGUGAAUACAUUUCAUUGCUGUUUAUGGCUAUGGGUGGAAUGGUUAAAUGGAACCCCCCACCCCCAAGAGCCCUUGCUGAUUACCUGAAUCUGUUUCCAGAUGAUGCAUCAAGUUUUCUGAGGAAAGCAGAAAGAGAGAUCUGUGAGGCUUAGUAUCUCCUACAGAUACUCCCAAGAAGGGGCUAUCCUGGCUACAGUGUGAGGGCAGGGACAGAAGAGAAAUUGCCUCACUUUCCUGGACUCUCAGCCCAGUGCCUUGGACAGAGGAGGCCAAAAUCUGGGGGAUUGCUCUCUCAGUAGAAUGAGAUCUUUUUUUGUUUGUUUUGUUUUGUUUUUUGAGGCAGAGUUUCUCUGUGAAAACAGUCCUGGCUGUCCUGGAACUCAUUCUGUAGACCAGGCUGCUGGCCUCGAAAUCACAGAGUGCCUGCUUCUGCCUCUUGAGUGCUGGGAUUAAAGGCAUGCACCACCAUCACCCAGCUGUAUAGAGUGAGGUCUUGUGGGAAAUUCCAGAGAGGGGAGAUGCUUAACCCAAGGUGUUUGCUUAUUUUUGUUUGAAUUUCACUACAUAGUCCAGGCUGGCCUGAAACUUGGGAUCCUCCUGCCUCAAGCUCCCUGGUGCUGACAUUACAGGCAUGUGCUACCAUGCUUGGUUUGAACCAGGUUUUGAAGUUGGGGAAAUAUAGAGACAGAUGGAAGAUAGAGGAGUCCCUUUACCUGAGAAUGUCCUCAUCAUCUUUGGGAGGCCGAGUAUUUUCCUGUGGAGGUUUCGAAUCUUCUUAACAAGAUCGGAGGAAAUGGCCUCUGGACUCACAAAAGUCUUUGGCUCAUACCUGCAGACAAGUUGGAAAUCAAACUUAAAUUCCAAAAAUAAAAUCCUUCAUUUUA